AUGUUGGAACACAGCAAAGAAGACUUAUGCAAGUGUUUGGAAGGCAUGAAUGACAACAUAAGACUAGAAGUUGACAAAAUAAAGAAGUCUUUUCAAAAAAGUUUUUACUAUACAGAAAAGACACAUAGCAGUCCAUUUUUUCAAUAUUUGAGAAACUUUGUCUCCAGGGCCGCUAUGACACUAAUUUCUGAUGAAAUGGAGAGAAUUGGCAUUGUUGGAACAAAUAAAAACUUGUGUGGUUGCAAACUUAGGUCAACAUGUGAGUUGCCUUGUGCUUGUGAAUUGAGUGGAUAUACAACCAGCGGUGUACCGAUACCGUUAGAUUCAGUUCACGGUCACUGGAAGAAAUUAACUAUGGAAGAACCAUUGGAGGAUGACACAGAGGAUGGAUAUGAGUUGGACAUGAGUAAUGCAAUGGAGGCCAUAUGGACUCGAUUUCGGUCACUUGAUAUUGUUGGUAAAAGAGCGUUGAAGAGUAAAGUGUUUGAACUUGCUUAUCCAGCCUCAAGUUCAUUGUGUCCACCACCUGAAAAAAUAAAAACCAGAGGAGGAGUGAAGAACAAAUAUAAAGGCAAAGCACCAAAAGGUUAUGAUGUGUAUCGUGAUCCAUCAUACUUUGAACACGUUGAAAGAGAAUAUGGUGAUUCACAAGGUACAUCGAAGAGGUUGUGUACACAACAAUCACAGUCAUCUCAGAAGGAACUAUCUCAACCCUCUCAGAAGCAACAAUCUCAACCAUCUCAGAAACAACUAUCUCAGAUGUCUAAAAAACUGACAUCUCAGAAAUAUUUGGGGCAAUUUCCUGAUCAUAUGCAUCCACAUAUUGUUCACAUUGCUGAUGUGCUUGAAGAUGGAAAUUGUGGUUUUAGAGCUGUUGCAUCUUUACUUGGUUACACAGAGGAAGGUUGGUCCAUCGUCCCCCGGGAGUUAGAUGAAGAGCUUAGAAAUAAUAACAAUUUGUAUGAGAAAUUAUUCAGACAAGAUUUGCAGGUUGUGAGAGAUUCGUUGGUAGCAAUUAGAUGGUUCACCAUACCUGCUAUGGGUUACUUGGUAGCAAAUAGGUAUAAUGUCGUUCUCGUCACGUUGGGUAAACCUAGUAAGACUUUCUUUCCUAUGAUGACUUCAUAUUCCUCUUCAGCAAGGUUUUUUUGUAUUGGUUUUGUCAAUGGAAAUCAUUGGGUUCCGGUAAACAUGUCAAAGGGGUUUCCGUUGCCCGAAGUUACAGCUGAUUGGAAGAAAUUUUGUUCACAUGAAGCAAGGUCUUGGAUGUCAAACUUAAACGGACGCCUACAAUAUUGGAACCUUCUAAAUCCUCCGGUGAAACCUCUUAGUGGUGUUAUGUCUGUUGAAUAA